AUUUAGAAAAUGAGAAAUUAGAUAAUUAUGAAUUGAAAGAGAAUGAAUUAGAAGAGAAUGAAUCAGAGGAGGAUGAAUCAGAAGAGAAUGAAUUAGAAGAAGAUGAAUCAAAGGAGGAUGAAUCAGAGCAGAAUGAAUCAGAGAAGGAUGGAUUGGAGGAUGAAUUAGAGGAGGAUGAAUUGGAGGAGGAUGAAUAG